GCGCCCGGGUGCGGUGCAGCCGGCCCUGGGUGUGUCGGCCGCGCCACGCCGCGAUGGUGCCGCCCCGCCGCGGGGCCACCCGACGCCCGGUGGUGGCUGGUCCUGCCAGGUGGCUGGUGCUGGUGUUGGUGUUGGUGACAGUGCUGGUGCCAGGCGCGGCGGAGAGGGACAGGUGCCGGGCCGGUGACAGCCUCGUGUCUGGUGACCUCGUCAUAAAUGGUCUGUUUCCGUACCUGGGCGGCGACGACUGCACGUCCGUCGGCCCGUUCGCCCGCCAGCUGGAGGUGGCCGCCGAGUGGGCCGUCCGACGGGUCAACGCGCGCGGCGUGCUCCAGGCCGGCGUGCUCGGUCUCCGCUCGUACCCGAUCUGCACGACCUCCUCGUCUUUGGCCACGGUCAUCACCACACAGGCCUACACGGAUGGCGCCGACCCGGCCUGCGUCGAGGGAGCGUUCGCAGGGUUUCUAUCACCUACCCUCCCGGUGGCCGCCGAGGCGCUGCUGGCCGAGCUGCCGGUGACGCGUGCCGUGGUGCCGGCCGCCGGUGGCGCCGCCCUGGCGGAGACCCUGGCCGACCUGGCGGCAGCGCUCGGCUGGACAGCGGUCACCGUGGUCACCGACGACCGCGGCGGGCGGGCCGCCGGCCUGGUGGAGCGGCUCGAGUACCUGGGGCUCUGUGUGACGCGCUGGGUCACCGUCACAGGACGCCAGCUGGAGGCGUUCUCAGAGCUCUCGUCUCUGGCCGACGGCAGCUGUCUGGUGGGCUCGUUCGAGCUGAGCCAGCUGCAGCUGCGCCAGCUCGGCCGGCUGCGCUGUGUGCUGGGCCUGCAGCGGCCCGGGCAGCUGCGUCACGUGCCCGAGGGCGCCCUGGUGGCGUUCGACGCCGCUGCGGAGGUGGCUGAGCUCACUGAGGCGCUCAGAGGGUCGGCGGCGGACACCGGGGCGUGGGAGGCUGUCGUGAGUGACGGCUGGGUCACCGCACCGGCCGGGGUGGGAUGGAGAGGUGAAGUGACGACAGAGGAGAGCGCGAUGAGUGUGGCAGAGCCAGUGGAGAGGCUGUGGCCGGUGAUGGAUAAACUGAGCCGUCACGUCCGUGAGUGGACGACGGAACCUGGAGAAGGGACAACAGACGGUCUAGAGGCAAAAGAAUACUCCAGUGAGGAAGCUGCGGAAAUGUAUGGUGAUUCGCGGUCAAGCGUACAAGAAGAAGAGUUGGAAAGCACUGAAUCUGUGCCGUCCGUUUCCUCCGAAGAGGAGGUUUUGGACACUGAAACUAUGACGACACUGCCAAGGGAAACCAGCACUAAAUACGUUCCAGCGAACACCACUGCUGAAGUUCAUGAGACUUCUGCCGAUGCAGGCAUAGAAAUGGAUAGCUUUGAAGCCACGGAAUCGGCUCCCACAUCGAUGAAGCCUCCAAGCAUCGAAACUCACGGGGCGGGCACAGACGGCGAUGAAGCUUCGAGUACUACGAAUCCACUCAAGACGACUCAAACUAAUGAGAGCUCCACAAUCACUGCAGAGAGCUACACCACCACUACCCGUCCCACGACUCUGGACUCGGUAUCCAACUCAGAAAGCUCACCGUCCGAGACGGCAGACCGGACUACCAUUUCCCAUCCUGUCCCUUCUGCUCGGACCCAGGACCCGCCGUCUCCCACCGACACCACCACAGCGAGUCUCGGCGCACAGAGCACCGCUCCACUCAGUUCCAGCACGCUGCCCGUGACGGGGGAGCUGACCGCGCCGCCCACCGCGCUCCCUCCGCCCUUCGUGCCCAACCCGGCCGCCGUCCACGCGGUCCGCCUCGUCUACAACUACGCGCGCACGGUGCAGCUGCAGCUGAUGCGGCUCUGUCCGGAGGCCGGCUGUGACGCGGCGGCGGCGCUGCGGCGCGCUGCCGACACUUACUCGGACCUGGGACAGGAGUUUGUGGCCGGCCUGGACCUGACUCUGGUCCCGGAGAACAUCACCGUGUACCUAGCGGGUGGCGGCGGGGCGCGCCCGGUCGGCUGGCGGUCCGGCGGCCACCUGCACCUCUCCGCGGAGGCCGCGCUGCCGCCGCCGGCCGGCCCGGCCGCGCCGGAGCCCUGCCCGGCGCUGUUCACCCAGCCGGUGCGCUGGCGGGUCGGCGUGUGGACCACCGUGCUGGCCACGCUGGCAGCCGUCGGCGCGCUGGCCUGCCUCUGCUUCCUGUGCUUCUACUGGGCGGCCAGCUGCCGCCGGCUGGAGCACGGCCAGGGCUGGAUGGCGCUGCUCGUGGCCGCCACGCUGCUCCAGUACGCCGCCACUGUACCCUUCUUCCUGCGCCGCGGCCGACUGGUGUGCGCCCUGCGACUGCAGGCGCCCGCCCUGGGACUGGCCGCGCCGCUCUCUGUGCUGCUCAGCAGGGCGCUCUGCCUGGCGGCCGCGCACACCACACGAGGGGACUUUGGCCACGUAAGCGGUAUGCUGCAGAGCACGCUGUGCUUCUUCAUCUUCCUGGUGCAGGUGGGGAUGUCCACGGAGCGGCUGCUGACGCUGCAGUGGUCGGCCGCCAGCGACACCGGCGGCCCGCAGCCGCAGCCGGCGCGCUGCCACCACUCGCCGCAGCAGCAGCUGGCCGCGCUCGGCUACGUGCUGCUGCUGCAGGUGCUCCAGUUCGUGCUGAACCCGUGGGUUGCGCUGUGCGGCCGCAACUACUGCGAGGGCCCGCUGACGGCCGUCUACACAUGUCUGGCCGUGCUGCUGUGGUCGGGCGCGCUGACGCUCUACUACUUGGGCGUGCCGCUGCUGGACAGCGACUCGGCCGCGCCGCAGCUCUGUCUCGGCCUGGUGGUGCUGGCCAGCCUGUCACUGGUGGUGGUGCACGUGCCGCGCGUGCUGCUCAUCACCCGCGAGGUAAGCGGCCUGGGCGCGCUGCCGCACCUGCGCCGCUACCGCGACCGCAGUGCCUCGGCGCUCGGUGAGUCGACGGCGCACCUGCAGCGCUAUCAGCCGCGCAGCGCCUCGGCCCUGGCGCAGGCGGCCGCCAUCCGCCAGCCGCGACACCGGAGGGACACCGUGGAGCUCAACGAGGCCAUCAGCCUGCACCACAUGGACGGGCCGGCGACCCGGACAGAGGGCGGCGCACACCAGCGGUCCCUGUCGGCCGACGUCACGGACACCACUGGCGGCGGCCGGGCGAACCACGAGUUCCAGCCGCCGCCGCCAGGGGGUCAGCGGAACCGGGCGUUCCAGUCGGACGACUCGGUCAGUAUCGGGGAGGCCGAGACGGCGUCCGUGCACUCGGAAAACAAGUAUCCCUCCACCACGGAGAUGUAGGCGGCGCUGCAGUCCGCCUAGCAUGCCUUCUUGCCUGGCUGACUGACCGACUGAAGCACUAAAUGACACGAGAACACGGCACGCAGCAAUAGACAUUGGACACUGGUGCACGGCAGGGACCGCGAGCCUACGCAUACCACACUCGAAUGUCGGGAGCUGAGCAGCUGAUCACAACGGCAUGGAUCUGUCGGUCAUCUUCAGUGUUGCAAAAGUUGCAGGCGCCUGACGCAGUGCUAUUGUAAAAUGCUUUAUGGACAACGGGUACCUACCUAAGACGAGCAAUACGAGAUUGCUUAUAUUAUCUGACGCCAGUAAAAUGAGGCUUCUGUUGGUCAUGAAGAGAUAACAUUGAUUGACUGUAUACUUAUUUGUGAGCGAGAAUGAAAUGUUUAAUUCAUGUUAUUAUGUCCAAGCUGCUUGAUGACGAUGUACCAUUGUGCUAAGUGUGAACAAAACGAAUACU